UGACUUGGGUGGACCAUUUUAAUUACAGAACACCCAUGCUGGCCCACGAAUCAUACCACGCCACGUGGCAUUAUCGGCACUGGAGCGGCCGGGCAUUUGAACUACAGUACCCUCCAUGGUUGACUCAAGCAUUAUCCAAAUGGCACCAUCAAUCAAAUGUCGCCACGUGGCCGUAAUCGGAGCUGGAGCCGCCGGUCUAGUAGCGGCGAGAGAGCUUCGACGGGAAGGCCACUCUGUGGUCGUAUUCGAGAGGCAGAAUCAAGUGGGGGGAACUUGGAUCUACACCGAUCAUGUCGAACAAGAUCCGUUGAGCGUUGACCCGACCCGACCCAUAGUCCACUCAAGCGUCUACCACUCCCUCCGAACCAACCUUCCUCGAGAGUGCAUGGGAUUCAUAGACUUCCCGUUCGUGAUCCGACCCGGAAAAUCAAGAGAUCCGAGGAGGUUUCCAAGUCACGGUGAAGUUGUCGCGUACCUGCAAGAUUUCGCUGAGGAGUUUGCGGUCGAGGAGAUGAUACGGUUCGAGACGACGGUUGAGCGGGUUUCUCCGGCGGAGGAAAGCGACGGCGAAGGAGGGAUAACGAAAUGGAGGAUUGAGUUUACGGAGAAAGAGGAGAAAGUUCGUCGUCAGGAGCUUUACGACGCUGUUGUUGUUUGUAAUGGACAUUACAUUGAGCCUCGUCUCGCUGACAUUCCUGGGAUAAGUUCUUGGCCAGGGAAGGAGAUGCAUAGCCAUAAUUAUCGUAUUCCCGAACCGUUUAAAGAACAGGUUGUUGUGCUUAUUGGAAGCUCUGCAAGUGCUGUUGAUAUAAGUAGGGACAUUGCUGGAGUUGCCAAAGAGGUUCAUGUGGCUUCUUGGUCAAAUGCAGCCGAUACUUUCAUCAAACAGAAUGGUCAUACUAACCUGUGGGUGCAUUCCAUGAUAGAACGUGUCCAUGAGGAUGGUUCAGUGGUUUUUCAGAACGGGAAAACGAUCUUGGCCCAUGUUAUUAUGCAUUGCACUGGCUAUAAGUAUCAUUUCCCGUUUCUUGAAACCAAUGGAAGUGUUACAGUAAAUGAUAACUGUGUGGGACCAUUGUACAAGCACAUUUUCUCUCCAGCAUUCGCACCGUCACUCUCCUUCGUCGGUAUAACAUGGAAGGUUUUACCGUUCCAUUUGUUUGAGCUACAAAGCAAGUGGAUUGCGGGUGUUUUAUCGGGUCGGAUCACUCUUCCUUCGAAAGAAGAUAUGAUGGUGGAAAUCAAAACCGAAUAUGCCACACUUGAAGCACAAGGGAUUCCUAAGCGAUAUACUCACUGUUUAGGCAUUUCACAAUUUGAGUACUUUGAUGGGUUGGCUUCGCAAUGUGGGUGCUCAGGAACAGAGAAAUGGAGGAAAGAGAUGUGUUUGACGAGUUUCAUGCGGGUGAUGAAGCAUCCGGAGACGUAUAGAGAUGAAUGGGAAGAUCAUCAUUUGGUUUCUCAAGCCUAUCAAGAUUUCUCUUUGUAUAGUAGUCUUUAACAAAAUAUGAGACUUUAUCUUAGUCAAAUAAGGUUUGUUACAAUGGUCUUGCCAGCAAAACGUAAGUCAAUUUUUUAUGUAUUUAGUGGGACCGUGGUUCAUUGGACUGGGGGCAAUAUGUAUAGCAGAAUAUGCAGAUGAAAAGAAAUGUUAAGCUUACCAA